UUUUCUUUGGCCAAUGAUCGAUCCUUGCUCUACAUAUAUACAAGUAUUAUCACGAGUAAGACCCCAAACAAAAAUGGGAGUUUCCUCUCCCGACUUCCGAGCCCCUCCUCCGUCCCCGGUAGCAUCCAGCCGCCGUGCCUCCUUCACGGCCAACGAAGACGUCCUCUCGGAGUUCCUGGACAAGUGUGGUCGAGUCCCAAAUCUUGUAUUGCCCGAUAAAGUCUUCCCCAAGCACACAUUCCUUCUCAACCCUCCCACCUUCGAUUUCCACCGGUUGGACUCCCUCUCGGCUCUGCUUGAUGCCAUCGCCACCAUCGGUUGUUUUCAGCUCGUUAACCACGGUGUUCCAGAGGCUAUGGUGAAAGCCGCCAUGGACAAAACCAUUUUCCACGAUGAGACGGAGGAGUUCGUGUUUAAUAAAGAUAUUAAUGCUGAUGAUCACACGGCUUGUUAUUCAGAUUUGAGGGAGUUGAUGGGUGAGGCAGAGAGGAUAGGGAAGGCGGUGAGAGAAAAGCUAGGAGCAGGAGGAAGAAGCCAAAAGGAAGGGGUAGGGGUUUGCUACGUGAAGAGGCAUAAUAUUAAAAACGAAUCAAAGGAAGAAGCCAUAAGGAUGCUGCUAAGAGGCUAUGACGAAAGACAUUCUCUAUGUCUCAACUUCUGCCAUGCAGAGUUCCACGUCUACUCCAAAAGAGGUUGGGUCUCCUUCUCCCCACGUCCCGAUGCGGUGAUCGUCACAAUCGGAGAUCAAGGCUGGAGCGGAAGAUUCAAGGGCGUUGUGGGGAGGCCCCUUCUUUACAAAUCAGAUCUUCAUCACAAUCUGAUUUCCAUAUCCUUUCUCUACACUAGUACUACCACUCUCCACAACACAAGCAGAAAAAUUACCAAAAGGACGAAGAAGAAGACCAUUUCCCUCUUCCAACAGCUCCUCUUUGCUCUCUUUCUCACACUCCUCUUCCCUUUUUUACUUCCUUGAUCAUUACAUACUUGUUGCCUUGUUGCUCCUUUUUUCCUUUUUUUCUUUGGAAACUAAAAUACAAGUGGGUAAUGUGUAUCUCAAUCUUGUUUAAUUUUAGCCUUUUUCCCAAGCAAUGCAUGGCCCAAUCAUUCAGUUUAAAAUCCCGCUAUAUCCAAAUAACGAUAUUUGACCCCUCACCCAUUCGGUUAUCAAUCUCAUGCCCAAUCCACUUGACACUGCGCAAGAAUCACAUAGAUAUAUACUCUGAACUCUGAAGUAAUUCUUACAUAACCCGAGAUUAAUUAGGUGGUGCAAGAGCACAUAUCCACCUUCGAGUAUUUCACUGCAAGAAACGUAACGUGUAUAUAUAUGCACAGAUUUGAUGUAUAGUAAUGCUAUGCAUCGUUUUCACACUACGUAUGUAAUGUAAGUGUAACUAUAAUGCAAUAUAGACAACAAGAUAUAUAGAGU